GUUAAAUUACUUCUUCUAUUAUCAUUCUAUCAAUGUAUAGUUCUUAUUUUUCUUCUCCUUAAACAUUAUUUGCUGUCCUUACCCUAUAGUGUAUGCUUUCCUAUUGAAAGUUGUUUGUUCAUAUUUGUUUAUUCUUUGCUUGGCAUUCGCGGGCCGUUUGAACCGACACGUGGAUCAACCUUGACACAGCAUUGCUGUUUUUACUUAUUGACUGCACAGUGGUUGUGCAUUUGACGGCAUUUAGCCACAGAUACCUCACAUCUUGAGUACCGUAUUGCAGAAUAUCCUGUAUUUCGCACUUUACGCGUCACUCUACGUGUGGUUAAAUCUAUAAUUUGGAUUAUCGUUUCGGAUUUCUUUUGGGAGAAAUUCACAACAUCUGUAUGGCUGAAGAGAAAGUAAAAGUUGGUUGUCGUGUUAAAAUAGCAUCGAGAUCCGUUUUUGGGACCGUUGCUUUUGUCGGAAUAACACAAUUCUCACCAGGAAAAUGGGUGGGUAUAAUACUAGACGAGCCCAAAGGGAAGAACAACGGCACGGUUAAGGGGAAACGUUACUUUACAUGUGAGGAAAAUUUUGGGAUAUUUGUGCGCCCAUCUCAGCUUACUCUUCUAGAUGGUCCGGAAAGAUCAGACGUGAUGAAGUUAUCCUCAUCUAGCGUUGUUUCCGAAUCAGGUGCCACUUCAGAAUCAAAGGAAGUUACAAAACUUGCUGGUUCGACAUCUUCGUUGUCUGUAGGAUUGAAAACUCCUGAGACAGUUAAAGUUCCAUCAGAAAUUGAAAAGACAUCACAACUUCCACCAACUGGAUCUAAUCCAGACCUUGUACGAAGUAGUCCAGCUCCAACAUCAACAGCUUUAAAACCUGAAACUGCCUCUGCAAAAAUUGAAAGUCCUUCUAGUAAGCCUUCUGCGGAUAAACCUGGUGCAUCAGACAUAAUGAGUCAAUCUUACACACAAAUUUCAAAAUCGGAUAGUCCGACUCGUAAGAUGAUAAGUGGGAGUAAACUCCCCACUUCUACUACCACUACUACAUCAACACCGCCUAUCCCUACUGGUAUUAAAAUGCCAAUAAAUCCUCCAGAGAUCUCGCAAGCGACAGCAGCACUUAGUGAUGUAAAAGCGGCUGCGCAGAAGGUGGAUUCUGAAAAUGCACCAAGUGAACUUAGAGAUACGUCUCAAAAAAUACCAAAAACAUCUGUAUCAGCUGUUCCAAGUGGUACUGGUAAGUACAUCCCAGACACAGAGUUGGAACUGGCAAAUCUACGUGCUGAAGUAAUCGAAUUUCGUGAACAAAUUGAUGCUUUAAAAGCUAAACGGGAAGAAGAUAAAAAUAGAAUACAAGAAUUAGAACGUGUUAAAAUUCAGCUGUCACAAGUUGAAGAGAAUCGACGUCGGAUCCGACAACAAGCAGCUGAAUUACAACGUGAAAGUGCUCAAUUAAAAACAGUAGGUUUUCUUUCUUAUAUUGAUUUUAACAAUUUUGUUGGGUUGGUGAACUGUACUUGGAGCUUAAAUUAUUCUUUUGAAGUCACUAUCAUUACUGUUUCCAAAAAAUGGAUACUGAACAAAGAAUACUCUUUUCGAUAACUUCAUCAUCAGGCUCUGCAGUUAUAUAUACAUUAUAGUGAAUGAAUGAAUUAGUGUUGUGAAC